CUCAUCCUCCUCAUUCAUCCAUACCCUUCUUUCUUGAGAAAUGGCUUCUAAAUCUACUAUUCUUGUAUUGGGUGUGAUUUUGGCUGUUUUUCUACUCAUUUCUUCUGACGUGGCAGCUAGGGAACUAGCUGAGGACACCACGAAAGAGAGCACAAAGGUGGAGACCGGUGGCGGGAAGCAGCAUCGGGGCGGAGGGUACACGAGACGCAGCGAAACCGUAUAUUGUCUACAUAGUUGCUGCAGCGAGGGUAUCGGUGGUUGCCAACGGUGCUGCUCAGGUGGCGGCGUGGUUCAAUCCCAGCCACAUAACUAAAAUACGUGUAUGGCCAUGGUUUAUUUAGCCGUAUGUGUAUUGUCUAACUACGGUCGAAUGCAUGUAGAAGUUGGAAUAUAAAGUAUGUGUGUGCUUAGA